AUGCCGGGCUUCGUGAACGAGCGCGCAAGCAGCAGCCACUUGUGCAAGAUUCUGCAGGAGGCCAAGGUGUGGAGUUACCAUGACGCCUGGGCUGCGCAUAAGAUGAUCACCAAACUGCGGGCCAACUUGGGCAAGCAUGAGACAAUGAGGGACUCUGAGCUGCAAGAGCUCUACGACAUCCUGAAGUCCUCAAACCACAAGCGACUACAGGCACUGGCAAACGACGAGGACCCUCCCGGUGAAAAGCAGCCAUCGACUUCUCUUAUCCAGGACGAGUUUGAUGAGCCAGAAGACCAACCUUGUGACGACGAAUCCCUCUUCGCGCACCUCAGCCAGCUCGCUGGUGGCCAAGAUGAGCAAGAACUUGAGCGAGGGACGGUCCUAGCCGAGGAGAUGGACAACACGGAUGUUGCUGCGGGACACCUUGAGAGCCAACCUCAAGACGAGAUGGGUGCUAGCAACAGCGCUAACUCCUCUUCUUCUGCAUCAGCCACCACGGACGAAUACCAUCCAAUGGAGGGUCACCCUACGCAAAAGAACUUGGAUGCCAUUGAGAUCAUUGGCGAUAGCCCCAUCAAGGAGACCGAAGAGGUGAACACCCCUGUUGUUUGCCCCCAUCCUGGAAAGGAACAAUCCGACAACUUGAAGCCGCCACCCAUGAGCGAGAAGCUUGAGACCUUUGGCAAGUUGCUGGCAGUUGCCCAAGAAAGACUGCUGACCAUGCAGAAGGAACAUGCGCUUCAGAAGAAAGACGCUGUCCCUGCUCCUGCCCGGGAACUGCCUCCAACAAAGCCGGAUUCCCUUCCCCUGUCGCCCAACAUCUCCGAGGUCAAGCCCAGAGCGCUCGACUCAGGACACCAGGAGUUUACCGACGCACAGCUCGAGUGCAACAACCGCACUUUGAACCCGGACGAGUUGGAAACCCAAAUGGUGUGCGUUGGGUAUGCGCAGGAGGUGCCCAAAUCCAUGUUGCCCCCUGACCUGGAGCCGCUGCCCAUGUCCGAUAACAAUGGCGUUCCACCGCUGCACCGCUCUGGCCCAGCCUCGAAGAGUUCGCCAGUUGUUGAGGACGAGAAGCUCGCAACACCACCGGCCUGCAAGGACAACAAGGAGGAGUCGUGGCCAGCUAUCUCUCCCAUCCAGGACGCGGUGAGCAAGGACGAACAAAUGAAGCUGGUGGGCGCAGCAAAGGCUACUGCCAAGCGCAAAGCCGCCGAAAAGGCCGAGAAGGGGGCGGGUGCCAAAGCAAAGGCCAAGGUAAAGGCCCAGGCCAAGGGCAAAGCAAAAGGCAGCGCUGCAAAACCUAAAGCAACUGCGAAAGGCAAGGCGCGACCAAAGGCAGCCAUGAAACGACCUGCUGCAGCAUCCCCUGACAUGGAUGCCCAGCAGCCGACACUCGCGGAGGAGGAAGAGGAGACGCCAGAGAAGGUCAACAAGAACAACGCGGACAAGUCUGCGGCCUCAAACAGCCGGCAGACGUGCGAGAUGAGCGAGGAGGUCAAGCGCCUGGAAGCGGACGGCGUGAUCCCCCACACCUUCGGCGGCCGCGGUCGGCCCACCAAAGGAUGGGGCUUGGAGAAGUACGCGCGCACGGCUGAAGCUUUCAAGCUCCACAUCGAGCCGCAGCUGGAGGGCCGCACGAAGCACAAGGCACAGGUGAAGUUUUGCGAGCUGGUUCAAGCAGCAAAAAAGGAAGGUGAUCAUAACGAUCCCCGUGACUUCAAGUACAUCGACACCGCUGUGGUCAAGUUCUGGUCUUCCUACAAGCCAGCCGAGCCGGCCGCGAAGCGCAGCAAACCUGGCCUGCAGAAGCCCGAGCUGAAGGAGGGCGAGGAUGUGGAUUGA